CUCUUUGUGGAAAAAUUUAACUAACAAAUCACAGACUCACUCCAUCGUUUCCAGAGCGGCGGACCGACGGAGACAUGUAUCGAACGGCGGCGAAGCGUCUGAUUGGCGGCUUGACCGCUGGCAGAAAUCGCAUUCACCACCGUCUCAGGUUCCCAUCGCCUUCUACUUUCCUUGACCAUUGCUCCUUCUCCACAGCUACCAAUUCACAAGAAUUUCCUAAUUCUCAAAUCCCCAAUCAAUACCAUAUUCGUCAAGAAACUCCUACUUCUUCCGAUUCUGCAUCUUCUUCAUCUUCUUCUUGGUCCACAUCAAAUUCCGGUGAAGAAACCCGAAGCCAUGAGAAUCGGCGGCCGAGAGUUGAGUAUCAAGAGGAGCAGGCUCGCGUCCUCCAGGCUGCUCUUUCCCAUGUGGUGAAGCUAGGCUGGACCGAGGCAGCUAUGAUUGCUGGUGCAAGGGAUAUUGGGAUGUCACCUUCCAUUGUUGGAUCCUUUGCCAGGAAGGAAGCUGAACUAGUCGAGUUUUUCAUGGAUGAUUGCUUACAGCGGCUCAUCGAUCUAAUUGAGGCAGACGAAGGCCGCCUUAAGAAUUUGAUACUUCGUGAACGUGUUUACAAGCUUGUUAGGGCUCGCCUAGAAAUGCAAACUCCCUUUAUAUCAAAAUGGGCUCAGGCUCUUAGUAUACAGGCACAUCCAGCAAAUCUAGCAACUAGCUUUAAACAACGGGCAAUGCUUGUUGAUGAGAUAUGGCAUGCUGCUGGCGGUGACACGUCUGACAUUGAUUGGUACGUCAAGCGCACUAUUUUGGGAGGAAUAUACUCAGCAACUGAGAUAUACAUGCUCACUGAUAGUUCUCCAGAUUUUCAAGAUACAUGGACUUUCUUGGACAAUCGUCUGAAAGAUGCUUUUGAUAUAAAGAAAACCGUUCAAGAGGCAAAGUAUCUGGCAGAAGCUGUAGGUGCUGGGAUGGGGAACUCCUUUCAAGGAUUUGUUGGAAAACUUUUCCAGAGAUAGAUAUUUGAGAACAACUUUUUUAAGUUUCUAGAGUGAAGAGUUGCGCUUGUUUUUGUGUUUUUUCUCAGUCUUGCCCACUUCCCCCAUUCAUCUCAUUAUGCAUAUCUUAGAGAGAUGAAUUUGAACUUAGAGUUCGAGUUAUGGUAUUCUUUGUUUAAAGCAUAAGAAUUCUGGUUUCACUUAGCUGUUUUCACAUAUUAACUUCGGUGUUAAAAUGAGUUAGCUUCAGUUUCUUAAACUCUCAAUGCCUUUCCCUCCAAAGAUGUUAACAAUUAGGAGGGAGUGUUUUGGUAUUGAUCAGUAUUGCCAGUUUCCAUUAAAUCAAAUAUAUAUACGUGUGUGUGCUCUCAAAAGAGAAAAAAGAAAGAAAGAGAAAUCCACCUCUUUUUUCA